AUGCUCAAGGCGUAUCUCUGGCUAUGCGUCUGGACGUUCUGGGCCAUCGCAGCCAAGCCGCGACUCAGAGCCCCUGCCGAAGGCAUUCGACUCCUCGACUUUGCCUUCCCGUUAGAUUCCAUCUAUGAACACAUGGGUACAGGCAUAAACCCGCAGGUCUGCAUCUAUGUAGAGACCCUCAGCCAGAAGAAUGUUUCGAUCGGAGGGUAUCAACAGAUGCUCAACCUUGGAACAUUUCCAGCGAACAGCUUGGUCCCGCUCAACAAGAAAGCUAUCGAACAAGCUCUGCAGUUCGAAGACAAAUCUAACGCCACCGAACUGACAUUCCAUGUCACUGCAAGGUUCGAGAGAUCAUUCUCGUAUAACCUGCAGAAAUGUCACUGCCCAAGAGUCACCGCACCACUUGCACAAAAGCAGCUGCAGUACUCCAGCGUCGUUACAUGUCAACCGGAGAUGGACAACUACGGAGACCGCUUCCAACAGUUCCACAUCUUCAUGGAGGGCAUGAAAGUGACAAAAACUAUUGACCUCCGUCAGUCUUUGCUACAAGCCGUGCACGAUCCUCACAAGACAAUUUGCAUCCGCUACCAAGGACAACCACUGCUUCACAUGAGGAUCAAACGAUGUGAGAUGGAAGAAACAAUUAACAUUGUUGCUGGAAGCGAUUACAUCUAUGGAAUCGACAAAGAUGCUCUCAAAAGACUUCAUAGCUACGAAUGCAAAUACUACUUACCAGAAUGGUCCAUCGACGUGUAUCCGACUUCUGACAAAAGUGGCAAAUUAUCCUUGGAGAUCUUUGGAUGUUCGAAACAUAAAGAUGCUCAAGAUGAGGAGGCUGUUGAGUUGGACAAAGCCUUCCCUGCUUGGAUUCCGGACACCGAUUGGCAGAAUCACGAUCAGAAAUAUUAUUUCUCUCUUCAACCACCAAAAACUGGAGAGGAUUACUCCGCUGACUUGAAAUCAAUGAUCGACACGGCAAUGAUUGGUGGAAAAAAUGCCAAAAUUCGCAUGGAUCUCAAAACAAACGUUCCUGUCAAUCUCUCCAUCAAGAGAUGCAAAGAAGAUGAAGGCGUCCCAUUGAAUACAGCAAAAUCCGGAGUGUACUACCUUGACCACGCUCAAUUGGUGAAGUUGAUUGAUGCGUCCUUGCAGCCAAAGUGUGAACACGAAGCUGAUGACUCAUUAUAUAUCCGUAUUGAGAAAACAAACUCAGCAGCUGCCGAAGGAUCUGUCAGCUUCUCAAUGAGCAGUGAAAACGAGCAGAAGCUGGUGGAAAAAGAGGUGGCAGUCGCUUUUGCCAUGCCAGCAAACUCUUCGUUUGUCCGGAGAGUGAAUUUGAUUGAGCUUGUGAAUGAAGCCGUACUGAACGAGAGACAAGUCGGAUUCGAUAUCAAGAGCUCGGAAUUCGUGCAACUAUUUGUCAGCAAGUGCAGACGUUCGGAACAAGUGAUUCUGGCUGGACACGUUAACAGCGGAGAACGCAAACCAUCUCUUCAUGUGUUCCAGAAAAUUGCCGAGCUUUUCGAGGAGACAUGCGAUGAGAUGGACAGAGUUGAGGAGGGCGACGCUUUCUUGCACAUUGUCAGUACUUAUGGAGAGGCUAUUGGAAACAUCAAGUUCUUCCGGUCCGGUGAAUCAAUUGAGAACAAUGGUACUCGCCCGACACCAUUUGUUGAUUUGAAACCAGAACUCACAGCCAGCUCUGAUGAUGAAUUCGUGAACUUCAACCAUCAAGACAUUCAUGGAGACCACCCGGUUGAAAUCGACCUCCUCUACUUCCUCAAGACUGUCAUGUCCUACCCAUACAUGGAUCUCAUCAUGGAGUUGGACAGCCAGAAACCAGUCAACCUCACCUUCAGCAAGUGCAAGUACUUGAGCAGCAAGAACGUCACCAUCGCAGUGGAUAACAACAAAAUCGUUCGUCUUGAAGAUGUCGAGAGUCUCUACGACCUCAUAAUGACCAAACGUUGUGACAACACCGCAAAGUACGGACUAUUCGUUCAUGUCGACGACUGGCACUACCAGGGAAUCAUCAACUUCUACCUGGAGAACUUCAGGGCCAUGAUCCCCCACAACGGAGGCAAAUUUGAAGCCAAGAACAACUCCGCUCACGUUGUCAAAAUCCCAAUCGGAAACAUGGAGCACGCUAUCUCUAUCCGUCUCAGCAACUACAACCAGAAGCCCGUUCAAAUGUCUCUCUCUAUGUGCUCCUUGAACCAAGAAUCUGUCGACCUCCCAAAUGUUCCAACCACCUUUGCUUACCUUGUGCUCGACAUCGACGAUCUCGCUGAAUUGAAGGAAAACUCCAAGAACUGCUCAGCUCCUCUGAACGAUGUGAUGCUUCUGACCAUCAAAUCGGAGGACGCCAGCGGACGGAUCACCAUUGACAGAUUGGAGUCGGAGAACUGCGACAACUGCAGCAAAGGAGGAAUUGAGUUCUUCCGUAACUCCACCGGAUUAACCAUCGCUCAAUGUGUCCUCGAUUCUCACGCAAUUCUGGUUCUAGUUCCAACUAGACCGAGGUCUCUCCUCCCAUCCGAAUUGUAA